UUGCGAUAAGUGUAUAAGUGAGCAUAUAUAGCAUAUAACUAACUGAUACAGCUAAACCAGCUGCAACUAUAAUUAUAAUGGACGAUAAAGUUGAUUAUCAAAGCACAACUAGUGCAUUUGAAGUGGAACAAAGUGAUGAUAUACCAGAAGGAUCAUCGGUAGUGGUAGCUGUAAUACAAGGGGAUGGUACAAUAGCAUCAUUAACAACAACAAGAGCAACAACAAUAGUAACAGAGACAGAUGAUUAUCAUCGUUAUUCAUCAUCAAAUCAUCAACAUCAUCAACAACAACACAAUAACUCAGCAGACAAUAAUAACACAUCUGAUGUUACAGACCAAACAACAACAACAACAGCUACAGUGGUGGUAACAGAUCAACAACAAGAAUCCCCACCACCAGCAGCUACAAGUAGUAACACAUCAACAGCUAGUAACAACAGUAACAUCAUUGGUAGUCUAACAAAAACAAGUGGGAUCGUUGAUGAACCGCCUAUGGGAACGCCUUUAAGUGGGCAGCACCAGCACCAACAACAUUUACAGCAACAACAACAAUCCUCGUCAUCUGUAUCUGUAUCACCUCAACAACAACAACAACAACAGCAACAGCAACACCACAUCUCGUAUGUUGAUGUCGUUGGCAGUGUAUUAAGUUGUCCAAGUGUUUCAGUUGAAGACAAUAUUGAGAAUUUACAUCGUACAAAUAUCUAUACUGUAAUGCGGCCCGAUAGUCGGAAUACUAAUUUGCAUACAGCAAAUGAAUAUUACUUUUUAACAACCACAACACAACAAAAUCCGUCAUCAUCGCCGAAUGGUGGUGGUGGUGGUGGUAGUGGGGGGAUUACCGCACAUCAUCUACAUAGUGCUGGUGAUUAUCAUGAAGGAUAUUCACCACCACAAUAUCAUUUAAAACAUGAAUAUAGUUUACAUGAGCACGACAGUAGCGGUUACAAUAGUUAUCAUCAACAAGAACACCACGAACAAUCGGGGCAAACGGGGGUUGUAACGACCCCACAAUAUUUAACAUUAGAAGGUGGUAGUGUUGUGGCACAUUCACCAUCAGCGGGUUCAACAUCGUCUGGUGGCGGUGCUGUAAUCCAUCAGAGACGUGCAUCAACCUCACCUGGUUUAGGUGAUUUAACACAUUUGGAGACUUUACAACCUAGUGGUGGUGGCGGUGGUGUACAAGUGGUUCCUGUUGUCGAAGCCAGAGAUAUGUACGAUUUACAAACGUUACAGCAGCAUGAACAUCAAAAUGCUGGCGGCGCGGUCAAUUAUCAGCUGGAUAAUGGUGCUGGACCGGUAUCAAUUCAUUCACCAACGAAUGUAACCAGUCCUUUGUAUUCUCAAUCCAGUAGUAAUUACAACAACAUGACUGGAUACUAUACAGGAUCACCAACGCCUGAAUUAGGAUCCCAAAAUAAUUCGCAUAUAUGGACAACACCACAGUUCCUUUCACAAAGCACUUUACCUUUAAAUAAUACCUCAUCAAGUGGUAAUGGUGAUGACUAUUCGACAGUUGUGAAAACAUCAACAACCACAUUACCAUCAUUUUCACGUACACAUCGCCGUGGCUCGACUAAUAUAUUUGCUACAUCACGUUAUACAAAUCACAUAUAUCCAACAAAUGAGUAUAGUUGUGCAAUUACACCACAAUUAACAGAUGCAAGUGCAAAUAGUAGCAAUAUAGUGGGUUCAACGCGACGUACAUGGGUAACAGCUGAAGAAUAUGACAAUCAAAUAUUGGAUGGGAAUAGGGCAUGUCUUACCAUUGGUCGAUCAAAUACGUCAUCUUUAAAUGCAACUACAGCUUUAAGUGCAAUUGAUAGCGCCGAAUUUUAUACAGAAGGUCGUGAAUGUGUAAAUUGUGGUGCAAUAUCCACACCAUUAUGGCGUCGUGAUGGAACUGGCCAUUAUUUAUGUAAUGCGUGUGGUCUAUAUCACAAGAUGAAUGGAAUGAAUAGACCAUUGGUGAAGCAGCCUAGGCGUUUGUCAGCAUCUCGACGACAAGGAUUAUUAUGUACCAACUGUCAAACAAAAGAUACUUCAUUAUGGCGUCGUAAUUCUAAUGGUGAAUCCGUCUGUAACGCUUGUGGAUUAUAUUACAAAUUACAUGGUAUUAAUCGUCCACCAGCAAUGAGAAAAGAUACCAUACAGACCCGAAAGCGAAAACCAAAAGGCAGUACAAAAUCAGAAGGUCCAACAAGUAAAAAAAUUAAAAAAGAAGAUCCAAUUCCUACUAGUAAAUAUACUAUAGAUUCGUAUCAAAUGCAUCACUCUAACAAUAUGUUAACGACAACGUCACCAACAUCAACAACCCCAUAUGGAAACAUGUCUAACAUCUACCAAUCAAAUUUACAUCAAUCCUUAAAUUUACAUCAACAUCAUCAAGUGUACAAUGAACGUUUAACAACAUACCAACAGAAUCAAUCACCGCAAUAUUCUGCACAUCAAACACAAAGUUCACCUAGCGGAUCAUCCCCAGCCCAUCAAAUGAAUCUACCAUCAAUGCAUAGCACCCCAGAAGGUGGUCUAUCUGUUUACGAUGGAGUACAACAGCAAACAGCAUAUGAUUAUCAACAAUUACAUCAAUCGGCUCUACCAUUACAAUCACCAAAGAUUGAACAAGAUGAUCGUUCACCAUCACCAGUGAACAGUCUACAUCAGCAUCAUCAUCAGAGUGUGGGUUCACAUUCACCAGGUGACAAUGAUAGUCACAUACAUCAAGAGUCACCAUAUCACUUACAAGAAUCACAUAUUGUGAGUGCACAUACAACCAUGAACAAUAAUAAUAUUGUGAAUUCAAGUAAUAAAGUGAUUAUUAAACGGGAUGAGACACAAUCACCACCUUUAAAUUUACAAGAUCGACCUACAGUAGUAUCUUUGUCAACAUAAAACAGAUAGAUUCAAUCUUUAAUAAUAGAAAAAAUUAACAUUUUAGAUCUCUCGAGUUGAAUGAAACCUUUUGUAUUAGCUUCAUUUUAGUGCAAUAAAAAAAAUACUAAUCCGAAAUUUGGGGGCCUCGAGGAAUUGUGAAGCCGCCGGAUUUGCUAGAAAUAGCAUAAAUUGCCUGACUGGAGCAUCAAUGGCCAUCCGGCAGUUCUGUUUGUGAAAUGCAAGCAGCUCAUGAAUGAGGAUAUCCUAAAAGAAUUCCAGUCUUAGAUGGAGGAAGGAUCGCAAUUGUGGUACUAGAAGAUACAUA